AUGAUCUUUAAGGUCCUUUCCAACCUAAGAAGUGGGGAAAAGAGAUAAAGUCCUAUUUUCCAGCUCUUCGGAGAGCUGAAUCUCGGCUUGCUCUGAAAUGUGCCUUUGUGGAAGGUGAGAAAAGCUCGAGAUGGUUUUGCAUGUUAAGCUGCAAUAGGAUUAUGGAGCCGAGCAAAUUAAAUCAAUUCUGGGCUGGGUGGGGAAGUUCCGCAUGGUGUGUUUAAGCUGCUGUGUUGUCUCUGAGAUGCAGAACUGAACAUCCAGAGGAUGGCUGGUGCAUGGGGUGGUCCUAUCCACAGAGUGGCUGGCACUUGGGGUGAUCCUAUCUGUCACGUGGUUGGCACUUGGGGUGAUCAUAUCCAUGGAGUGGUUGGCGGUUAGGGUGACCCCAUUCAUGGAGAGGUUGGCACCUGGGUUGACCCCAUCCCUAUGGGCCAUCCUUGCCUGCCUGACACAAUCCCAUUUGCUGGGUUCAUUUGUACCUGUUCAUUGGGAGUUUUGCAUGCAGCAGGAGGUGGUAUGGUGUUUGUGGGUUUGUUGUUGUGUCUUUUCCCCUCCAUCUCCCUGGAGGGAGAGAGCAGGGCGUGCUGGGAGAGGAGGUGUUAGCAACAAUUGAUGUCAUGAGGUUUGCUAUUUUUCAUGCCAGCUCUGGCUCGGGGAUAUUUUAUUAUGUUGUGGGGUAAGAUCUGGCAUUAAUCCAUUGAAGUGUGGGAAUAAAAAUGAUACUGCAAGCAGGCGAUCCUGAGGAGGAGGGGAUGCUGAUAGAUGUGUUCAAGAAACGUGUAGAUGUUGUACUUAGGGAUAUGGUGUAGGCGAGCAAUAGUGGUGGGUGGUGGAUGGCUGGACUAGAUGAUCUUAGAGGUGUUUUCCAACCUUAAUGAUUCUAUGAUUCUAAGAGCUGAGACUGGUCUGGGACUGAGGGCCUGGCGAGGAUGCAAACUUCCCACGUGCAGAAAGCGCAUUUCCCACCAGCAUCCUGCACCCCCAGAAUCCAGCACUGCCUUUUGGCCCAUCCUGCUUGGCUUUGCUAUGGACACCUCCAGCUCAAGCAGCCUCCAUGGUCGCUACCAUCAGUCCUGCUGUCAGGAGCAGCUUGCCGACACAUUUAUUUUUAACUCAGCCUUGGAUCAUAGCGUGGAAAUGCAGCAGUUUUGUAGUGGGAAAAGAAUUGUGGAGUCUUUAAGGUUCAGAAACAAUGUUUUUGUUCCAACUUUAUGUGCAAGUGAAUAUUAUUUCAACUGUUUAUAGUAUCACUAAAUCUUGUGCUGGAAUGAGUUAUUAAGGUUUUAUAUAGAAAACACCAGAAAGGUGCUUUCAAGGACUGAUUAAUUGAAAAUAUCCCCUGGAAAAUAUCGUAGAAAUAAUCAACAGUUUUCCUGUGAUCUGUUCUCAAUUUAACGCCAUUUCCCAGAGACAAUGGCAUUCAGCCACAGACAGAUUGCUGACCCUGGCUGCAGGGCUGUGUCCGUUUGAGCUUUCCAGUGCUACCGGCUUUGGCAUCCCCGUCGCAUGCCCUGGCUGCAGGAUCCCAGUGGGGCACACAGAAUUCUAUUUCCCAGCUGGGGUCCCCAUUCCCCUUCCCCAUGACCUCAAUGGGAAGCGGAGCCCGGAGCUGUUUGGGGUGGGUGUGCCCGAGGAAAUCACCCAUCGCCCGCACACUCGAUGGAUGCUGCGUCGCCAUGGAGGAGGUGGUUUCCAUGGCGACCGUUGCCAUGCCGAUGGCUACCAGAGAAGGACCUGAGAGCAUCCUGGGGAGGUUUGCCAGCCUCUCCCCGCUGUUAAGGAUGAAUUUAUAAGGCACCCUUCCUCCCAGUGCGCAAGGCAGACGUUUGGCAGCAGGACAUGUCCGGAGAUGUGCAGGGUCAGGCAGGAGGCAUCAGGUCCCUUCAGUUCCUUGGUUUCCCAGCAAACACUGAGCGCUGCCAUGCUGAGCAUGUCAGUGGGACCCUUUUCCCAGUCAUUACAUUUUUCUCUAUGUAAAAUGAUGUCACCUACCUUGAUAAAGGGAGAGGAGAGGGAGGGAUGGAGCAUCUGCUGUGCUGGGAGAUAGAUGUGUAUGGACAGCACGGAGGGACUGAAGCCUCUCUAAUCUCCAGCUCAGCUCUGAUGGGGCUGGGCCAAAGGGCCUGAGCUCUCACUCACUUUCCAAGGCUCUUAGUGCAGGACUUGGCUGUGAUUUCUGCUGCUGCAGCCCCUUGGCUGCAGUUCCCAGCCGGCCCUGCCAAGCCACAGUGUGGAGGCAUCAAGGGGACAGUGGGCUGGUGUCACCAUGUGUCCAUGGGAGUUCCAGGCAGCUGGAAGUAAACUGUCUAUUGCCUUUGCCGUGAGGAGUGGGGAGACAAAUGGACAUCCCCUGGCAUGGCACAGAUGCAGCUCAUCCCGAGGCAAAGGAGUAAUUAAUCCCCAUCACUGUUGAGUCUAACUGGGCUCAGCCCCACUGAGCGAUGGAAUCAGCUGUGGUGCUUUUGCUUAGCUGGGUGUCGAUGCCCUUGUGCACGGAUCUCCUUCAUCUCCAGGACCUUCCCAGUGAUUCAUCACCACGAGACCACCAGGGCCAAGCCCUGCUUGCAGAUUGCACUGACAACUGCCCAAGGCUCAGCGCUGGCGCAAUGAGAACUAUGAGAGGCCAGUGGACCUGGAGGGCUCCGGGGAUGAUGAUCCCUUUGGGGACGAUGAACUGGAUGACAUCUACUCGGGCUCCGGCUCAGGCUAUUUUGAGCAGGAAUCAGGGUUGGAGACGGCGGUCAGCCUCACCACGGACACAUCCAUCCCGCUGCCCACCACGGUGGCCAUGCUGCCCAUCACCUCGGUGCAGCCUGUGGCAACUCCCUUUGAGCUGUUCCCCACCGAGGACACAUCCCCUGAGCAAACAACCAGCGUCUUGUAUAUCCCCAAGAUAACAGAAGCACCAGUGAUCCCCAGCUGGAAAACCACCACCACCAGUACCACUGCCAGUGACUCCCCCAGUACCACUGCAACCACCACCACGGCUGCCACAACCACUACAACCACCACCACCAUCAGCACCACCGUGGCCACCGCCAAGACCACCACUACCCAGAGGUUCCUGCCUCCUUUUGUCACCAAGGCAGCCACCACCCGGGCCACCACCCUGGAAACACCCACCACCUCUGUUCUCGAAACCAGUGUGCCGACAGAGGUGACCACAUCACAGCUCGUCCACUCCAGCACAGCCAAGCCUAGGUCCCUGCCAAAACCAAGCACCUCCAGGACUGCAGAACCCACGGAAAAAAGCACUGCCUUGCCUUCCAGUCCCACCACGCUGCCACCCACAGAAGCCCCUCAGGUGGAGCCAGGGGAGUUGACGACAGUCCUCGACAGUGACCUGGAAGUCCCAACCAGUAGUGGCCCCAGCGGGGACUUCGAGAUCCAGGAGGAGGAGGAGACAACUCGUCCUGAGCUGGGCAAUGAGGUGGUGGCAGUGGUGACACCGCCAGCAGCACCAGGACUGGGCAAGAAUGCAGAGCCGGGGCUCAUCGACAACACAAUAGAGUCGGGCAGCUCAGCUGCUCAGCUCCCCCAGAAGAACAUCCUGGAGAGAAAGGAAGUGUUGAUAGCUGUGAUUGUCGGUGGUGUGGUGGGAGCCCUCUUUGCUGCCUUCCUGGUCAUGCUGCUCAUCUACCGGAUGAAGAAGAAGGACGAGGGCAGCUAUACACUGGAGGAACCUAAACAAGCCAACGUGACCUACCAGAAGCCGGACAAGCAGGAGGAAUUCUAUGCGUAGGACGAGAGCCCGGCAUGCCUCACGCUCCCUGCUCCUGCUCCAAACUUUCCCUCCUCUCCUCCAUCCCGUCUCUCUCUUUAUCUCUCUUCUCUUUUGGAUCAAACUGUGAAUUUAAAAAGCAAAAAAAACAAACGAACAAACGAAAACGGAAAAGGAGAAACCAUAUCUUUGGCGCGUGGAGAUCGCCACAUUGAGGAUGGCGGAUGGAGCUCACGGGGCUUUUCCCACCUCCAUGGCGGACUCUGGGAUCCGGACACCUUGUACCAGCCCUAGGGCGCAGGGUUUGGAUUUAUCUUCCUUUUUUUUUUUUUUUUCCCGUUGGAAAGAAAGGAGGCUUUUCCCUCUCUUUUUUUUUUUUUUUUUUUUUUUUUUUUUUUUUUUUUUAAUGGAGCCUGUUACUUUGCAGGAAUUCCCUUUUGCUCCCUACUUCUGUUUGAAAAGAGGAUGCAACUCUCAGAUACGCUUUGAACCUUGAAAAAGCACAAGGGGCCGGAAUACCUGAUGCCCCGGGAUUUGCUCUUGGAAUGGGGGAACAAAACCAAACAAAACCAUGGCCAGCUCCUGUCUGGAGAAUUUGUGGAGCACCAGGAAGCCAUGUUUGUGUUCCUCAUGUGGAUCCACUCCGGCCACCAGCACCCUUUGCUGCAUCGCUGUGCAAAACCAGAGACCUGACAUCUCUAGAACCCAUGUGGUGUUGGCGUGGUGUGGAGCAGGGCCCAUGCUUUCGAUGGGUUUUCACUGUGACCAAUAAAGCUCAGCUUGCGCAGCCCCUCUGACAGCACUGGUUUUCGAAUGGCACGGGAAGGCACUUGGUGGGGAGCUGGCAUGGGGUGGGAAUGCAAAUGUGCUUGGCUGGGGUGGUGUCCUGCAGCUCAGCAAGGAAAGGAAAGAGAAGCAGAGGCACUAAAUGACACGAGUCAAGCAGGGGGACCCAGCCACAGGAACACAGAGAUGUUUUGGGGCAGCUUGGAGCAGAGUGAGUCAUCUGCUGCAUGGCAUUGGUGAGCCCCAGUGCUGAGCAUUUCUAUUCCUUUUGUUGAAUUUUGAUUCCCAUGGGGAUCAGCUCAGGGCAGCCCACGAGCAAAGAGCCCAGGAGCUGUCACCAGCCAUGCAAUGCUCUCCAUUCUGCUGUCCCCCGCUGUGCAGAGCCCAACCACGCCUUUGAGAAACGCCAGAUUUCAGAGCAAGUUCUCUGCACAGAAAAGUCAAUUAGAUAUUUCAAUUAGUUGGCUUUUAAUUAGCUGAAGCACUGCUUGCCGUGCAGCCAAGGAUCUUGGUUUUAACAAUGGCUGCGAUCUCGGCAGUUUCCUGUAGAGAUGUUGGCUUUGCUAUUAGAGAAAUUUAAACAGGAAAACAACACAAAUAUCAGUUCCUCUGACUCUGUUGCACCAUGAAUUGACCUGCACAGACACAGUAACACCUUGUGCACCUCAGGGUGUGAGUGCAUAUAGGGAUUUAUCACCCUACUGGAGGCUGCAAGACAACAGAUCUUCUUUUUGUGUUGGGAAUUUGAGAGGCUGAAUGCAUGUAUAUGUAUAUAUAUAUAUAUAUAUACACCCACAUACAUACACAGUUUUAUAUAUAUAUAUACGUGAAAUGAAAUCCCUGUAAAUUGUCAUUGCACUGCAUACAAUGGCUGAGUGGAGCCAAGUGAUUGUGAAGAGCUGAGGUUUGUGCAUCAGCAUUCGGUCCCUGAGCUCAUUGCUGAUCCUAUUCCCUGGUAAGGAGCACAGCCCAGCUGUAACAGUCCCACUUUUGGAGAAAUCAGCCUCAAAACAGUCAUCGUUUUGGUUCUCUGCAUUUGGAGAAGGCUGUUCUGUUGGCUGCCUUGGGUGGGAUGCUGAAGGUGCUGAUGUAUGUGUGUGUAUACACGCACCCAUUUCUCAGUUCUGUCAGCAUGAGGAUGAGGAUGCUCUGAAGGUGACCACAUGGCUGAGGAAGGCUGGUGCUGGCCCCAAGGGCCAGUUCCAAGCUGCUCAAAAGGGAGAGCUUGAUGGCUUUGUGUUUCUGGUCCCAAAGGGCAUUGGCUGUUGGUCCAUGGCAGAAAUAGAAGCUCUCCUCAGUACCGUGAGUUGGGCAUGGCAAGCAUCCAGGCCACCCAAAAUCACUGUCUUUUGGAAUAACGUGGACUUAAUCCUUUGAGCUUACAUUAAGAAAAAAAAAGUCAAACCUCCCAGCUUAAUCUUUUAAAUGCUGCUUUUCUUAGCUGCUUCCCUAAUCUUCUUCAUUCCAUUUUUUUCCCCUUUAAUAGUCUGAACUUCUAUAAUACAUUUUUUUAUUCACUCAAGCUUAACCUUGGUUCGCUCAGCUGGUGUUAAGUUGUAAUCCUGGCACUUAAAUCUGUGACAGUUCCAGAAGUGAGGAAGGCUGGCAGCAGGGAGAGGAGCUGGGCAGCGCUUCCUCUGACAGCCAUUAAACGCAGGAGAUCACAGGCCAAAAAAGAGGUGAAGCCAAUUAUAUCCGUAAUUAGAAAUGACCAGGCUUCAUUCAUUGUCCUCUGCUCCUCCACGGUUGCUCAGAGACUGCAGAGAUGUGAUCACAAGGAGGGUUCCUCUGGGGGUGGAGAUGAGUCUGCAUGGGAUGGAGCUGACCAUGGGGAAAGUCCAGCUCCAGAGAAAUGCCAUCAGCUCUGUGUAAUGGGGAUGGACAAAACCCAGUGGUGCUCUGAGGACGUGAGCAGCCCCACUGGUGCAGAAGGUCUUUUCCUUCCGCUUCCCCGUGUCUUUGGUGUCCCUGUGAGAUACUAAGCCUCAAGGAAGAGCCUUUGCCAUGCACGCUUCUAUAUUUUAGGAGAGCAGUGGGACACAGGUGGCCCCAGCCAGUGGCAGGACUCAGCCAGGUUGGGUUUUUCAUGGCUGGAAUUGGGUCACUUCUUUCCUCUGAAAACUUUAAUUUUGAACCUUUCAAAAAUAAACAGCAGGACUUGAUAUGAAUUUCCCAUUCCUUCCCCAUUUUGCCCAUUGGGUGACAAAAUCCCCCCCCUCUUCGCUCCAUGUGAACCUUGGCUCCUGCUCCCAAGAGUUAUCCAACCUUUACCAAGAGCCACCAGCAUGGAGGCUAUAAUGGGAGCAAACCCAUCACCAUACAACGAGAUGAAUUCUUGUGUUCUUUUCCUUUUUAUACUUACGACCACGUCUGGGCUUGGAGCUUUCUGUGGGGCACUGCCAGCUCCCAAAGCGACGCUGAGUAUUCACAACUGAAACUGUUACUUGAGGCGGUGGGGGUGUGUGUGGCAUGUGUAUGUAUGUAUAUAUAUGUGUAUGUAAUUAAUAUAUAUGUAUAUAUGUAUAUACGUGUGUGUGCAAAGCACACACGCGUACACAGCUUCAAUGCAAACUGCACCUAACGAGGAAGGGGUGCUGGGGGCUCCUUCCUUCACCGUGGCUAUGGGGGGGCAAGAAGCUGGCCCUGCCUCCCCAGCUUUUCCAGGGCUGGGGCAAGGAGCCUGCUGCCAACUGCCCCUUUCCAUGGCCAGAGCUGAAACAGAGCCCAAAACUCGUGGUGAGACCCCAAAACCCACGUGGCUCUGCUUCCCCCCACAUACUGUGCCUGCAGCUCCAUGGCCGUACCCACACUCCGUCCCUAUAGAGAAGUCUCAAGUCUGGAGUUAGCAAAAUUUUUUUUUUAAUAUAUAUAUAAUUUUUUUAAUUAUUUUGUUAAAAUUCACCCUAGGAGACGCCCGUGCAAUGCCCAGAUUUAUCCCCCCGCACCUCGCAGACAGCUCCAUCACUGCAUUUCCAAAGACCUCAGGGGUACCAGUGACCCUCUGGGUGUUACCCACCCCCUGGUCUAAGGCAUAAAUGUACAGCUGACAAUCAAAACUAACAGAAAUGCUGACUUUAGAAAUAAAUGUAUCCAUUGCAGUUUGAUAGAACUUUUUAAAAUCACGUGCUUAUCUCUCACAAGUGCUCACCACCAGGAUAAAUCACUGCCCAUUGGUUCUUCUGUAAAUAGACAUGAAACAACCUUGUAUAAAUUAAAAAGAAAAAAAAAAAA